GGUGCGGCGGAGGCUGCCAGCUACUCAGCUCCUCCGCGUCGCUGCGCUCCCGGAAGCCGGAUUGCCGCGCGAGUCCUGUCAGUGCGAGCAACGCGAGACCGCUUCUCGCCGCUUGCGGAGAGCACCGAGCAGCCCGGCCUGUGUGCGGCGGCGACUCCCGGGACCGGACCGGGCAGCGGAGGACCAUGGCAGAGACGACCGCCGCUCCGACUUCUGAAUGGGACUCGGAAUGCCUUACAUCUCUGCAGCCUCUUCCUCUUCCUACACCUCCAGCAACAAAUGAGGCACACCUGCAGACCGCAGCCAUCUCCCUGUGGACAGUGGUGGCUGCUGUGCAGGCCAUAGAGAGGAAGGUGGAGGUCCACAGCCGGCGACUCCUCCACCUAGAAGGCAGGACAGGGACAGCAGAGAAGAAACUAGCCAGCUGUGAAAAGACAGUGACUGAGCUUGGGAACCAGCUGGAUGGCAAGUGGGCUGUGCUGGGGACCCUGCUGCAGGAGUAUGGGCUGCUUCAGCGGCGGCUGGAGAACCUGGAGAACUUGUUGAGGAACAGGAACUUCUGGAUCCUGCGGCUGCCCCCAGGUAUUAAAGGAGAUAUCCCAAAGGUGCCUGUGGCAUUUGAUGAUGUCUCCAUCUACUUUUCCACUCCAGAGUGGGAAAAAUUAGAAGAAUGGCAGAAAGAGCUUUACAAGAAUAUCAUGAAAGGCAACUGCGAGUCCCUCAUCUCCAUGGAUUAUGCCAUGAAUCAACCUGAUGUCUUAUCUCAGAUUCAACCAGAAGAACACAGUGCAGAUGACCAACCAAGGCCAGAGGCAAGUGAGAUUCCAGCAGAUGCCAGUGAAGAGCCUGGACUUUCAACCUCAGAUAUUCUGUCUUGGAUUAAACAAGAAGAAGAGCCUCAGGUUGGAGUCCCCCAGGAGUCCAAAGAGAGCAACCUGUACAAAGGCUCCUAUGCCGAUGAAGAACUUGUCAUCAAAGCUGAAGACCUGGCUAGAGCCUCCUUGUGUCCUGAAGUUCCCGUAGCCUUCUCUGCCCCGCCACCACCAGCAGCCAAGGAUGCUUUUGCAGAUGUAGCUUUCAAAAGCCAGCAGUGUACUCCCAUGACACCUUUUGGACGCACAGCCACUGACCUGCCUGAGGCCUCAGAGGGACAAGUGACCUUUACUCAGUUAGGAAGCUACCCACUCCCACCUCCAGUUGGAGAGCAGGUGUUCUCAUGCCACCAUUGUGGCAAGAGUCUCAACCAAGACAUGUUAAUGACACAUCAAUGUAGCCACACUGCUGAGCACCCCUUAACCCGUGCCCAGUGUCCCAAGCACUUUGCCCCACAGGUGGACCUCGGUAGCACCUCUCAGGACCAUGCCAGUGAAACACCACCCACCUGUCCUCACUGCGCCCGGACCUUCACUCACCCCUCACGACUCACGUACCAUCUUCGGGUGCACAACAGCACUGAGCGCCCCUUCCUCUGUCCUGAUUGUCCCAAGCGCUUCGCUGACCAGGCUCGACUCACCAGCCAUCGGCGCACUCAUGCAAGUGAGAGGCCUUUCCGUUGCCCACAGUGUGGUCGUAGCUUUAGCCUGAAAAUCAGUCUCCUGCUGCACCAGAGGGGACAUGCGCAGGAGCGCCCCUUCUCUUGUCCUCAGUGUGGCAUUGACUUCAAUGGCCAUUCUGCACUGAUUCGUCACCAGAUGAUCCACACAGGCGAACGGCCCUACCCGUGUACAGACUGCAGCAAGAGCUUCAUGCGUAAGGAACACUUGCUAAACCACCGGAGGCUGCACACAGGUGAGCGGCCUUUCCAGUGUCCGCACUGUGGCAAGAGCUUCAUCCGCAAACACCACCUCAUAAAGCACCAGCGCAUCCACACGGGCGAGCGGCCCUACCCCUGCGCCCUGUGUGGAAGGAGCUUCCGCUACAAGCAGACACUCAAGGACCACCUGCGGACAGGUCACAGUGGAGGCUGUGCAGGUGAUAGGGACCCUUCUGCACAGCCAGCAGACCCACCUGGUCCACUCUUAACUGCCCUGGAAACCUCUGGUCUAGGUGUUAGCACUGAAGGUCUAGAAUCUAGUCAGUGGUAUGGGGAAGGGAAUGGAGGCGUGGUUUUGUAGAUCUGUGGCCCAUUGGUUAUUUAUGUUCACUGCAGAGCAGAAGGUCCAGGAGAAAGCCUACAAGCUCCACAACCCAUAGUAAUUAUUGUCUGUUACAUAAAGGAAUUUGGGGUCUACACUCAACUAGAGACAUGCUUGUGCAAGUCCACAACAGUACAAGAAUACCAUAUUUUGAAAACUGGAAGAGAAUCCAGCAUCCGUGUCUUUUCAUAUACCACAAAUGCAGAGUUUGGGCAGCAAGAUUUGUCUUCUGAUCAUUCUGUCAGGAUAGCAGAGAGUAGACUGCCUCUAGAUCGAGACGAGCUGGAAAGAGCCCCCAAACCUCAAAGUCAUCUUUCUCUAAUUCCUCAGUGAUGAGGUGACUGUUGGGGGAAUGUGCUUUAGCUGCCUGUUAGGUGCCGUGUCUCAAACCAGCUAAGCUCUCUUCAUACCUUUCCCUGAAACCUGGUGACUGGGGCUGCCUUCCUAGGCCUAGAUUCUGUCGGCUAAUACAUUUUGUUUAAUGUUGGCGAAAAAGAAAUCUGACUUUGAUAGCUUAUUAAGGGGACAGUUCCUAGCUUUCACUAGCUUGAUUUGAAACAUUCAGAUUCUUGUAGCAGCUUUUAAAGAGGACAGAGAACUUUGCCACAGCCCUGGUUAGAAAUUGAGGAGAGUUCUCUCUUCAGGUUUAAGAGCUAAAGAUUCCAGAGAUCUCAGGCACAACAGUGAUAGCAUAGCCUAAAAAUCUGCCUGAAUCAUGAAUUUAGAGUCAUUUAUAUCUAUGUAUCCCUUCUCUUUUCCAAGCAGGCGAUCAUGUUUUUCCAUUUCUGUUGUUUGAUUUUCUUUCUCUCUCUCUCUUGAGACAGGGUCUUACUAUAUAUCCUGGCCCGGAAUUUGCUUCAUAGACCAGUCUAGCCUUGAACUCAUAGAGCUCUGCCUGCCUCUGCCUCUUGUUCUGGGUGCACCACCAUGCCCAACUUGAUUUUCUUUACAAUGCUCACAGCACUUCAGAAAGUGCUUUUGUUCCUUCAGUAGUGUGGCAACAGUGGUGUAGUGUGAUGGCUUUCCUGCCUGUCCUGCCUCACUGGUCAUGAACAGAGCGAGGCCUCUCUUCAGUCCUGAGAGUGAGACACACAUCUGUCUGACCUGUCAUGCUGUUUUUUAGACAGGGCUUCACUGUGUAGCCAGGCUGGAACUCGGAGAUCUGCCUGUCUCCACAUCUAGAGUGCUAAGAUUAAAAGCAUGUACUAUCAUGCUUAGCCAUCUGUUGUACUUUGAGGUGUCAUGGCUACCAUGCUUUCUUUUCUUGGCCCCUCUUAGUCAUCUGAAAGCAUCUGAACCUAGUUCUGUUCCUAAAUGUUCAUGCAACCAGGUGUGUGUCCUCUUCCAUUUUCAGCUCUUACAUUUUUUUUUAUUUAUGUAUACAAUAGUCCGCCUCCCUGUAUGCCAGCAGAGGGCGCCAGAUCUCAUUAAAGAUGGUUUUGAGCCACCAUGUGGUUGCUGGGAAUUGAACUCAGGACCUCGGGAAGAAUAGUCAGUGCUCUUAACCAUCUCUCCAGCCCCAGCUCUCACAUUUUUAUCACCAAAAAGAAGCUGUUAAAAGGUGAGUGUAAGCCACACAGUGGUGGCGCUCACCUUUAAUCCCAGCAUCCAGGAUGUCUGUGAGUUUGAGGCCAGCCUGGUCUACAAGAACUAGUUCCAGGACAGGCUCCAAAGCCGCAGAGAAACCCUGUGUCAAACAAACAAACAAACAAAAAACAAAACAAAACAAAAGGUGAAUGUACUGGUAAAAAUAAAAAGCCACAGGUCCCCAAGUGGCGGCAGCAGGCAGCAGGCACGAGACCACAGCAGCCCACAGUAACGGGCCACAAAGGCAGCCAGAUCCCAGGUGAGGAGCCACAUGGUGGGUGAGAGACUGAGAUGGAUAGGCACACCAUGCAGAGUGAGGUUGGAUAUUUAUUUAGUGGGUUAUGGAAGGGAAGGGAAAGAGGAGAAGGGGAAAGAGCUGAGAGAGAAAGAGGAAAGAAACAGAUGGGAGAAUGGAGCUGCCUCUUUGGGAGAGAGAUGGGAGGAAGGGCUCAGACUGGAAACGGAAGGAAGAUUGGCCUGCCUCAAAAGUGGACAGGACAGACCAUUACAGUGAACCUCUAGAAACUUUUACAAAGAAAGAAGAAUCUUGUGAUAAAGUUCUCCUCUGCCAAAAUUCUGUUCUUCAUUUGGCUUCUGUCCAGACAAAGCCAAAUAAGGCAAGAAAACCAAAGCAGAGAAACUCAUGUAGAAACUUGGUGGAAAUCAGCUUGUCUUGUUGUUUUGCUCUUAGUGGGUCCUAAAGUAGAAGAUGGAGAAUGUAGAAACCACAUAUUUGGUACAGGAAGCUGUUUAUUCCCACACCCCUCAUUCCCCCAGAGUCUUCUAUGAUGUCUAGAAUGAGAUCUAGAGCUGUUCAGACAGAAUACUUUCUGGAUAAGGAAGGGAAUGCUUUCUCCUUGUUACUAGGCCCUGCAACCACAGUAGGGAAUGGUGUUUACCUAGGUACUGUACUUCUGGCAAAGUUCUGCCUGAACAUGCUGCUCUUCAGGAUAAUCACAUAAAUAAAACAUUGUUUUGUGACAAUAAUACCAAGGGUCCCAGGAGACAUAAGUGUGUGUGAAACCUGGUUUGCUGUCAUAACUUUCAGCCUGUAGGCAGUGAAAAUCUCCCAGGGAUAGACAAGACAGAUGAUGGCAGUACUGUGGUCUAUUGGGAAAAAGACCAGAAUCUGGACCCUCCCACAGGAAAACUCGGAAAUCCUGAAAUCCCCUAAUCAGGUUCCAGCUUCAUUAAUGACUCACUAGGGACCUGACUAUGUGGUUUGCACCUGAAAAAGAAGGAAUCAAGGCAUUCUCAAGGUGAGGGAAGUGUUUGCUAGAGCUGAAGAGGAGAUGCUUACUGAAACUGCUGUGGGGGCUAGACAACAUCUAAAGUUCGUCUGAACUCAGCAGAUUUACCGAGGACACAAAAGCCAAUCGGAGGUCUGUGUACCAGAGUGCUGCCAGUGGCCCCCAGUGCCUGUUCUGUUAGGCGCUGUAGCCAGCAGGGAUCUAAACUAGCCAAAAGAGAAUAGUGUUCCAAUACCAGCCAAACAUUGGAAGCAUGUGGAAUCAAUCCCAGUCCUUAAUCUGGCUCAAAGUAGGAUCUUCAGCUAUUGUUUUUUUGUUUUUCGAGACAAAGCUUCUCUGUGUAACGGUCCUGACUGUCCUGGACUUCAUUCUGCAGACCAGACUGGCCUAGAACUCACAGAGAUCUGCCUGUCUCUGCCUCCCAAGUGCUGGGAUUAAAGGUGUGCACCACUACCGGCAACUUCAGAUACUGUAUAGUCAAUUCUUUCCAUUCACCAGUCUCCUCUCUAGUAGAACUCAUCUGUCAACGAUUCAAAUGUAGCUCAUUGGAAAAUGUAAAGUCCAACAACUUUUCAGCAAGUAGAAUCUCUGUCUACCUGGUGUCUUGAGAGAAACUGUACACUUAACUCUACAACUAAAGAGAUCUAGUGCUCAUGUGACAGCUCGUGACUGUAGGGAAGAGGAAACCCCAAAAGUGUCCCCUGGAUGAUGGCGCAGCUCUUCCUCAGAGCUCAUCCAGGAGUUGGCUCUAACAAGAUCUCUUUACUUACUAGAGGUUUUUGGGUGUUUUUUUUUUUUUUUUUUUUUUUUUGUCAGCACUGGAUGAGCCUCUGCUUCAGUCACAGAUAAGAAAUAAAUGUAAGUUGGUUAAUUGUUUAGAAAUUUGGCAUUUGAUAAUGAAAACACCGUAGUCAUUAUCUCCAGGGAGAGCCAUGCUCUACAUCAUUUCUGUCACUAAUAAACUCUACAAAAUCUUCUCUUGAGAUGGCAUCUAUAGCUAUCUCAGCCGAUCCCCAUGGCUUAUGAGAUAACAAAUACUAUCUUAGUCUCAAAAAGUCUCACUGAAAAAAAAAAGUACCUAAGUUCCUUUCAUUUCAAUGGGUUGGAAAUCCCAAUUUUAUGUCAUAUUUCUUGAGAGGGACAGGUCAUCCCUUCCCUCUUCUUAUGCCUUAGCUCCUUAGAUAACAAAAACACUUUCUGCAGUUGCCUGAGUAGCAAUGAGGCAUUUUCAGAUGAGAACCUGACAUUAAUAGAUACAUAUACAUAUCUAUUUAGAUAGAUACACACACACACACACACAUUGGUUUUUUGAGACAGGGUUUCUCUAUGUAGCCUUGGCUGUCCUGGAACUUGCUCUGUAGAUCAAGCUGACCUUAAACUCAGAGAUCCUCCUGCCUCUGCCUCCCAAAUUCUUGGGAUUAAAGUCAUGCACCAUUAGAUGGAUAUUUUGGACUGCUCAGCUCACUCUGGUUCUCUGUAGCAAAGGGGCAGUCUCUUAUCAUAUAGGGUGAAUACAACAGGCUGUUAUUUGGCAAGGUUCGGGUUUCUAUAAAGAGGAUAAUUAGUUCAAAAUUAGGCACUGGGGUGAUAACUCAAUAAAGUGCUUGCUAUACAAGCAUGAGUACCUGAGUCUAAUCCCUAGAACUCGUGAAAAAGCUAGAAUCAAUGCUUGAAUCCUAGCACUGGGGAGGUCUUGCCUGGCUUCUUGUCAGCCUAGCCUCAUUGGUAAACCGCAGGUCACUGAGAGACCCUGUCUCGAAGAACAAAGUCAGUGGCUCCUGAACAAUGACUCCCAAAGUCCUCUGGUCUCCACACAAGGUCAGAAUGAUUGUGGGUGGGGUUAAGGAGUGUGUAGGGACUUAAUGCUCAUCAUCUUAGUACAGUAUUAAUGACUAGGAGCAGAGCUUCUCAUGGCAGACCUAGAUUCAAGCCUCAAGUAAUAUAUUAUCUUCUGAAGACUUUGUUUCUCUAUAAGGUAUUGUAAUAUGUUUUGUAUCUCAGUAGUGUUAGAGCUUAAGAACUCACAACGUAACAUUUUACAGAACCAACCUGAAAAAGGUGGUCACAAAGCCAGGCCGAACUAGAAGUGGCAAGUGUUAAGAACCAAGGUUUGGCCAGGUGUGAUGGCUCACACUUGUUACACCAGCACUUGGGAAUCUGGGGCAGGAAGAUUGCUGAGAAUUCAAGGUCAGUCUAGGCUACAUAGGAAAACCCUGUUUUUGAAAAAGAGGGGAGGACAAGAAGGCCCCAGAGAGAUAACUGUGUAAGAGCACUGGGUGCUUUUUCAGAGGACUUGUAUUCGGUUCCCAGCACCCCCAUGGUGGCUAUAAUUUUUAACUCCAGUUUCAAGGGAUCUCAUGC